AGUCAGCAGGCCGUCUAUCUCAGUGAGAGCAAAAAAAAAACACACAUAUAUGCGUCUGAAGAUUGAUACACAGACCUCUAACUGUUGUAUUAUUCCCUAAGUCUGUCUCUCGAGUCACACAAUCCACUGUUUCUCGGCGCCACUGAAAAAAAUAAAAUAAAGUUAAUAUGUUUUACUUCCUGUACCUAAUCGCAGUCCUCACGCUGGUCGCGGCCUUUCCUCGAUACCAAAGUGACAUCCCCAAUGGGGACCGUGUACCACACCCUUGCCGAAUCGGCCUCUGGAUUGGAGUAGGCCACUUUAACGCCAAUGGGACGGGGCCUCGUAAUGAGUUCGGAUUGGUAAGUGGCACGUUUAAUAUCUUUAAAUAGCUCCACCCGGCAAAGUUUCUUGUUUAUUGCGAAUUAGAAGCAAAACAUAUUUUCCCCAUAUCAGUCAAUGAGUUACCAUUGUAUCAUUGGGUAAGUCGAUCGAUUUAUAAUAACAAUCAAUUCAUUGCAAUAAAAUGCAAGGCAAGUAACAUUCGUUGUGUUUCAUGUGUCGUAGUUUGAACUUGUUUGAACAAGAAUACACUUUACAUCGUUUAGCUUGCAUGGCAACACUUAGCUUAGCUAUGGGGGCAGUACAAAGAUUUUAAAUAAAAAAAUAUCUGAUGAAAGUACGAAUAUCCGAUUCCACUUUAAUUGGAUUUCUGUAAAUCUGCACAAAUUUACCAGUGUGCUCCCUCCUACAAACGAAAUGAUCACCAUUCAAGUCAUUAAUUGCCACGACGAGCGUUAUUUCCCCUUCAAAUAUAUGAUAGCAUUUGUUUAUGCCAGAGAAAUACUUCAGAUGUCAUGUGUUUAAAUUGUUCUAAUAGCAAAAUGGUUUAAUUAUGUAUUUAUAUAUGUGCUGAAAUUGAAUAAGUACACGUUUAGAUUUUAAAAACCCCAAAAACAUUUCCUUUUAAUUGGAUCAUUAAAAGAAUCUUAUCUUUUCUUAUCUUCACUUAUCUUAUCUUAUAAAAUGAUUAAUGUAUGCUCAGAGCCCAGUUCAGUUACACUAUCGACGUAGUUUAAAAAAAGGGCAAUGUUUGUUUAUCAUUAGGACUUCGCCGCGGCUGGACAUGUCUGGACUCAGACUCUGUGCUUCCAAGACUCCGACAAGGAUGGGAUCUCCAACGGAGAGGAACUGGGCGACCCCAACUGUCUUUGGACGAAAAAUUCUUUUGACGACUUUCCGGCAGCAACGACACACCCAGGUUUUGACAUUUGAAAACAACUUUUGGUCAUUAAGAAAGGGCAGUUACUUGUUUUGUCCAACUUUUUGAAUACAAUAUCUGCAGAUCGAAGUAAUGGGCACACAUGACUUAAUCUUCAAGAAAUCAUUUCUCGGGAAACCCUGGUGCUUUGAUCUAACUAUUCACAUACAUUGUGGAAUACAAUUAACCGAUAAAACCAGACGAGUUUUCAUGAAAAACAUCUCUGCUGUAAACCAACAAUAUCAUAUUGAUAUUUCCGAUGCUACAACAUUUGGGCCAUGGCUAGCCAAGCAAUGAUUAUUCAUGGAGGCACUAAAAAAGAUGGAAAUUUAGCCAUUGUGCAGCAAUCCCCCCAUCCACCCGUCACCCCAAUAAGCCAACUGAAUCCGAAUUCAAGUGGGCGCUGUUUUCGGUCAGCGGUGCCAUUUCAUGCUUGCCAUAGGCGGCACUUCCCCCGAUACGCUACUGGUCUGACAGGACCGUCUGAAAAUAUUGCUGAAACUGAUCUAAACUUUUCAUCUCUCAUCUCAGUGCAGACCGUUCUUUUUUAUUUAGAGGAAAUAAAUCCUUUGUUUGAAAACAACUAUUAAGCUAUUUUAUUUUGACUUCCAGGUAUCUGCGAGCCAGUGGACCAUCCCCAUUGCUCAUGGCAGGCUUUUACAUGCUGAUAGCGACUUGAUGAGCUGCUUCUGUUUGUUCAAACAGCAAAUCACUUGAGACUCAUACUGUAAACAAUAAAUCGCUCGCUAGCCUCAGUUUAACUUGUAUUAAGACAAUAAAUCUCGGACAAUGUCAAAUGGAAUUAUAUAUAUUUUCUUAAAACAAUGACGCUGUUACGUUUUGAUGUUGGUUAUCGGCCAAUUGUGCCAUGCGGCAACAAUGAAAGCUAAACCAUAAACCAUCGUCUUUUAGAAAUAGUACGUAUCGUGUGUUACUUAUCAAGUGCUAUGUUCCCGUGAAGAUCUUGGUUAGUGCUUAAUAUACCAUGUUGUUUCUCUGAGAAUGCUAGGUCUCGAGGUAUUUUUUCUUUAUUAAUCAUAAUUUUCAAGGUGUUUUGUUCUUUGUGAAUGAUAGAUAACAGGGUAUUUUGAUCUUUGAGAAUGCUAGGUCUCAAGGUAUUUUUUCUUUAUUAAUUAUAAGUCGCAAGGUAUUUUGUUAUUGGUGAAUUAUAGGCCUCCAGGUGUUUUGUUCUUUGUGAAUGCUAGGUCUCAAGGUAUUUUGAUAUUGGUCAAUGCUGGGCCCCAAGGUAUUUUGUUAUUUGUCAAUGCUAGGUCCCAUGACAUUCUUAAUGAAGGUUCCAUGGUCAUUGUUGGAAAUGUCACGAUAUGGUUGAUCUUGGGGAGUGCUAGGUCAGAUGUAUUUUUGGCGAGUCUUAGGUUAGAUGUGUUCAUGGCGAGUCUUAGGUCAGAUAUGUUCUUGGCGAGUCUUAGGUCAGAGGUGUCCUUGUUGAAUGAUGGGCCCAAUGGUGGUCUUGGU